CCGUCAAUGUCCACAGUUGUUAAACGGACCCUAUGCUUUUUUUCUUCUCCUUUUUGAGAGCUUUCGUACGAAGUAUCUGCUUCUUCCAGGAUAGGUACUGCACGGUACUCUCCGAAUACAGGCCUUCGAAAAUCAAUCGGUUUACGAAAGCAAAUGAAGCUAAUUUUAGACAGCAGGCCAUCAGCCCUCAACAGCCACUAGUUGGAAAACCCCGUGCUUUCCAAACGACAUAGCCCAUUUGCUCAGUUGUGAUUGAUCUUCAUCUCUAGCCGACGGACGGAGGCAUCAAAUUAAAGUGAAUUUCACCGCAGUGCUGCCAAAGGCGGCCAUAUCAAAGAAGGCUCAGGGGUAGCAUCCAAAUGUUUUCAAACUCCAUUUUGAGGGCUCUCCGGAGUCCUCUAGUCACGAGCUUCAGGACCACGACCGUCUUUGGCCGGGCACAACCAUUUCGGAAAAUAAGAUAUUCAUCAUCUUCUUCUAAGCCGUCAUUGAGUGGAAACUUCUACAAGACGUUUGGAAGGCCGAUACUGAAAGUCGUGCUCUCUGCCAUGUUUGUCUACCAGGUCGCUUAUUACGGCUGGGUUAAGAUGGAGACGGAUGAGAUCACGCGGGACCGCGAAGCUGAGAUCGCCAAGCUGGAGGACACGCUCAGCUCAUUGUUUCAAGCGCCUGUCGAGUCACCCAAGGAUAUCACCAGCGCCGCAGAGAAGAGUUAAAGGCCUCAUUGUGGACGAAAUCUAUUCUUUUGUUGUGGAUUGCGUGUAAAACAUCACCCGGAAAGCACCAGUAAAACAACCAACUGCGUCUUUGUUCGGAUUCGAGCAUAAAAACGGCUUGAACGGGUACCACAAGUUGAAGUUACACCAAGCCCUGUCAUGGGAUAGCGGUGAAUGGGCAGGGUAGGGUUGUAACCGUAUUUGUAACACCACACAGUAUUAUUAGUCUGCAGACAGCUCCUACGAAUGUCGGAAAUCUUUGGCAGUGUGCCAAAGCUCAGAAGUUAUAUACUUACUACAUUCAAUUCGAUGAACUAUGGUCCUUGAUUCCUCA